ACACAGGCAGAGGUGGAGAGUGUGUGUCAGCAGACGGACCGAGAGAAACACGAUGCCGGAGUUUGAUGUGAUUGUUCUGGGAACCGGACUGAAGGAGUGUGUUCUGUCGGGUCUGAUGUCGGCCAAUGGGAAGAAGGUUCUUCAUCUAGACUCAAACCCGUACUAUGGAGGAGAGAGCGCAUCCAUAUCACCACUGGAGGAGCUCUACAGCAGGUUUCGUGUUCCUGCUCCUGAUAAGCUGAUGGGGCGCGGAAAGGACUGGAACGUGGACCUCAUUCCCAAAUUCCUCCUCGCCAACGGUCAGCUGGUGAAGAUGCUGCUGUACAGUGAGGUCACUCGUUAUCUGGACUUUAAGGUGGUCGAGGGAAACUUUGUCUACAAGGGCGGGAAAAUCCACAAAGUGCCGAUCACUGAGGCGGAGACACAGGCCUCAGAUCUGAUGGGGAUGUUCGACAAGCGCAGGUUCCGCAAGUUUCUAAGUUUUGUGCUGAACUUCGAUGAGAGCGACCCGCGGACGCACCACGACAUGGACCCGCGCAACACCAGCAUGCGGGAGGUGUUCCGACACUUUGACUUAGGGGACGAUGUAGUGGAGUUCACUGGACAUGCCCUAGCGCUGCACGCUAAUGACGAGUAUCUGGAGCAGCCGUGUCUCCUGACCAUCAACCGGAUCAAGCUGUACUCAGAGUCUCUGGCCCGCUACAGCCUCAGCCCGUACCUGUACCCGCUGUUUGGCCUCGGGGAGCUGCCGCAGGGGUUCGUCAGGCUCAGUGCUGUCUACGGGAACAGCUUCCUGCUGAACAGACGGGUGGAGGAGGUGGUGCUGGAGGGCGGGCGGGUGGCGGCAGUGCGGUCGGAGGGAGAGGUCUUCCGCUGUAAGCAGCUCAUCUCUGACCCCAGUUACCUGCCGGAGCGGGUCAAGAAGGUGGGCCGGGUGGUGCGGGUGCUGUGCCUGCUCAACCACCCCAUCAAAAACACCCAUGAGGCCAACUCCUGCCAGAUCAUCAUCCCGCAGGCGCAGCUCAACCGCAAGUCAGAUGUGUACGUGUGUCUGGUGUCCUACACUCAUAAUGUGGCGUCUGAAGGGAAGUACAUCGCCUGCGUCAGCACUAUGGUGGAGACUGGUAACCCAGAGAAGGAGGUGCAGGCGGGGCUGGCACUGCUGGAGCCCAUCCUGGAGAAGUUCUUGUCAGUCAGUAACCUGAUGGUCCCCGCGGACGACGGCCGCAGGAGCCAGAUCUUCAUCUCGCGCUCCUACGACCCCUCCACACACCUCCAGACGGACACCGAGGACAUCAUGGACCUGUACCGCCGCAUCACAGGGUCAGAGUUCAGCUGCCGGGACCCGCGGGAUGCAGACGCGGACUCCGAUGAGUGAUGCUAACACCACACAACCUGCACAACCCAGAUCAGAUCAGUCAACACAGGGAUGAGGGAUGAUCAGUUCUGGGUCAGGGGUCAGUGUUUCUGUGCACUGCUGACCCGGAGUUCUGCUUCAGUCCACACUGGCGGACACUCCCGGGUCAUUAAUCUCACUCGUCCCUCACUGAACACCGUCUUCAUCCUCAGGAUCUCUCAUGUCUACAGUACCCGUGUUCACACCGCCGCCAGCACGGGCCCAAAAUUAGCCGAAAGUCGUUCAUCUCUUUCAGAACUGGUGUGAUUUGGGCAGUUUGAGAAUCAGCCAAUCAGAGUGUAGGAAGCCAGCGCUUGAGAAGAUUCCAGAGAACAUCCAUUAUACUGACCCGACCACAUCAGAUCCCAAACACACAAGCGGAGGCUGGUUAUCGCUGUGCUGGCUUCCCCUUUCUGUAAUGUAGGAUGUGCACAAAGUCUAGACCAAGACCAAGACGACUCCAGUGAGCAGCGUGUUGAGCUCAGGCUCUGUCCACACGAUCAGGGCUGUUCUCAACACCGCACUCUUUUCUACGCGGUUCCACUGUUCGUCUUCAGUAAACGCAGUAUCAGGAGACUGAAACCCAAACAUUCUGAGAUCUCAGAGUUACUGUAGGUCCGGUACAGCAGAGGCGGGUAACCAAUUACAUUUACUGGAGUAAAAGAGUUGAGUAGUGCUACUUUCAGAGUACAUUCACAGACUCUUACUCCAGUAAAUGAUUGGAGAGGAACGCUUACUCUCACUCCUCUACCACCGGCGGCGUUCCUCCAUUACUGUCAAACCAUGAUUAAUGAUUCAUGACUUGUUUGGGGCGGCACGGUGGCGCAGUGGGUAGCUCAAACACCUCACAGCAAGAAGGUCUCUGGUUCGAGUCCCAGCCGAAUCAGUUGGUGUUUCUGUGUGGAGUUUGCAUGUUCUCCCCGUGUUGGUGUGGGUUUCCUCCGGGUGCUCCGGUUUCCCCCACAGUCCAAACACAUGCGCUAUAGGGGAACUGAUCAACUACACUGGCACUAGUGUAUGAGUGUGUGUGUGAAUGUUUCUGUGUUGGGUAGGCCCACAACGAAUCUGCGCGCACAGAAAUCCGCAGAUUUUUCGCCCAUCAUUAAUUCUGUUAAUUUACUUGAGUAAAUGUGUAAAUCUAAAUUCAUUCAGUUUUUAUUCAGUAAUUUAUUACUUUUUGUUUCAUAUGUUAAGGUUUUAGUUUUGAUACUCCCAAAAUAAUUCAGCAGAAAUCCGCAGAUUUUUACCAAAAUUCUCUGCAGAAAUAGCAAAAAACAUCCGCAGAUUCCGUCUGGCCCUAGUGAUGGGUUACACAAACAUAUGCUAGAUAAGUAGGUGGUUCAUUCCACUGUGGCGACCCCAGAUUCAUGAAUCGACUGAGCCGAAGGAAAAUGAAUGAAUGAAUAUAUAUUUGACCCCCAGCCCACCCCCCCAUAGCGGUUCAUACCAUUGUGAAUGCAUAAUCCGCCAGCAGAUUCAGACGAGCUGUGUUUCCUCAUUCAACAGCUGUUUCCACAUCAGGCCUAAAGUCUAUUUAGAUGUGUAGUGUGAACAGUGACUAUAGUAAGCAGAAAAUAGUGCAUCAGGAAUACUCUGAACAGCCGCUCCCACAAACACGACAGCGUAAAUAAAGUUUAUCAAUAAAUUAGACUCACUGAAGCGGUUAUUACACGAUCCCUAACAUUACCGAGAAAGUUGACCGCCCUGAUCGUCAAUGUGUAUUUCGCACACUGGUUAUCGCCCCCUGCUGGCUCGGCGUGCUCCUAACAUGCAUCACAGCCCUGUUCAUGUGGACAGAAGUGUUUUAACAUGAAGAGUGAAGAAACCUGUUUAUAAAAUACCCCGGUGUGUGUGUGUGUGUGUGUGUGUGUGUGUGUGUGUGUGUACGGCCUCAGACUCGCACUUAAAUGCGAACACUUCAGUUGGUUUAUUUCUCUAGAAAUCCUUAAACCGGUCAGGGCGAAUGCUGCUCUCGCCGGCGGCGGCGUAAACACACUUCUCACACACCUCUACCUGUUCAAUAAUUGAUUAAGUGAUACAGUCGUUUGUGUUUGCUACACAGUGUGAUGGGUAAGCUGUACUAAAACUCUAGUCACUCACACACACACACACACAGAGCCUAGUGUUGAGAUGGUGCACAUGUACUGACGGCACUGAUCAGCAGGUGGGCAUGUGUGAGGAUGUGUGAAUGCUGGAUAAUAAUACAUGCUAACAUUAAUAAAAGCUCAGUGAGACGGC